CCUAUCUAUCUGUGUGGUAGCAGAGGCUCAGAAGCUUCUUAUAUGGCUCUGCUCUCUAUCCUCAUUUUAACUGCAAAAUCUUCUACUCCUUCCUUUACACCUCAAAUGGCCUCACCAACACUCAAACCACACAAAAGACUAGCAGAGUUUCUCAAUGACGAACAAGAACCUUUCAUCUUAGAGCUUUACCUUUCAGAAAGAGACUAUUCCAACAGGUGGAGCUCCAAUGAUGGAGAUUCAACCAACACUUCAGACAAACCAAAAAAGAAGGGUUUUUUCUAUGUCCUAAAAGCCCUGUAUAAGAAGCUUUCUUUCCCCAAAGAAACCGAAAGUUUUCUAACCAAAGUUCAUGAGUAUGACCAGAGAAACAAACAUGAAGGUGUCCUUCAACAUACCCGGCUCGAUCAUAUUCUUCAGUUUUCGUCAGAUACCAGAUUUACUAUGUUCAGUUCAUGCCAAGAUAUUGGUGAAGAGGGAACCUCCCUGUUCUCACAUAAACAGCAGCACUUGUUUUAUUCCCGCACUUUAUACAACAUGGUACCGCAGCAGAGAAACAGAAGGCAGCGGCAGAGAUUCAUAGAAGGUGGUCAUGAAUUACUGAGAAAGAUUCAUGUACCAAGAGCUCCAAAUGUGAUUGAGGAUAUUAGGAGAAUGCAACAGAGAAUACAGAGUAGUGGUGAUAUUCUUCUGCCAAAGAAAAUCAGAGGGAAGUCGUUGUUAUCAGCAGCUGGUAGGUGGGGUGGUCUAGUGGAGGAGACAAAGAAGAAAGGGAACUGUGCAAGUACUAGGGUUGUUCUUCGUGGGACUGAUGAUGUUUCUGAGAAAUUGAAAUCUAAAAGGGUGUUGCGUAGGAUAAAGAAGAUGCUGUUUGAUUGCGUGAAAGAUAUUGCCAUAACCCUUCCAACAGAAGACGACAGAAAGAGAGGUUACAGACAAUUUAUGGGGCCUCUACAGAUUGGAAAGCUCCUUCGUCAGAGAACAAACAAAUGGGACCAACAAGCUGUAGCUGUAGGUGGAGCAAACCUUACUUACUUAUUGACUUUGGAUUACUUGAAUUCAAUCGUGGAAUGGAAAAAGUUCGAACCCCACGUCAACGACAUCAGCAUUGAGAUCACCGAUUCAAUUUUAGAUAACAUCCUCAAUGAAAUUGUAAUAGAAAUUACUGCAACUUCGACACCAAAUACGUAACAUUUCUUCAAA